AUCCUUUCUAAACACUCACACACUACUCCACCACUCAAAGCCAAAUAUAUAAAAAAAAAUAAUUAAUAAUAAAAGAAGAGCCAAAGCAACAAAACAAAAAAAAAAGAAAAGAAAAGAAAAGAAAGAAAGUUUGAUACUCAUGGCUCUAAAGCUUUGGGCUUCUUCCACAGCCAAUGCUCUCAAAAUAGCUUGUGGGAGCAGCAGAACCCCCUUUCCUGCUUUUUCCAGAUGCUUCUCUAAUGUUUUAGAUGGGCACAAGUACACUUCUUCUCAUGAAUGGGUUAAGCAUGAGGGUUCUGUGGCUACCAUUGGCAUCACUGACCAUGCCCAGGGGCAUCUUGGGGACGUGGUGUUUGUCGAAUUGCCGGAACCCGGCACAUCAGUAAAGCAAGGAGCCGGCUUUGGCUCCGUGGAGAGUGUGAAAGCCACAAGUGAUGUGAACUCCCCUGUUUCUGGUGAAGUUGUUGAAGUCAACACAAAGCUAACUGAAACACCUGGCCUGAUUAACUCGAGUCCACACGAAGAUGGAUGGAUGAUCAAGGUUCGACCGAGUAGCCCUUCGGAGCUGGACUCGCUGUUGGGUCCGAAGGAAUACAAGAAACUUUGCGAGGAAGAAGAUGCUCAUUAGGGCGAUAAAUUAUGCGCUGGUUGUUUACUUCUACUAAUUGGUUUUCGCGCUUAAUGUCGAAAUAUUACCAGUCAUAUCCUGUGAAAAAUUCAAAUGAGCCUUUGCCAUUCUGUUAAUUAUACUUGAAUAUAUUUCAAUCCUUCUUAUUUUUGCCUUCA